AUGAGCGUGUGUUAUGUUUGUAUGUAUGCGUCAGCCUCUAACGAUACCAAUAUAGCUUGCACCUUUAAACCUCCCGCGAUACUAUGCAAACGAGGAAAGAGUACAGAUGACGUAUGUAAGCAAGGAGAUCUUAUUCCAUUGGUGAUUUGCAACGUAGGCUUUAGUGAACAUGUGUGCGUGUGUGUUGGUAUGCCAGUCGCCUCUAGGCGCGCAAUAGAUGGGGGUGGGCUGCCCAAGAGGAUGGGGUAUAAAGGAAAACCAUUUACAUUUGAGCGAUUCGUCCAAUUUAAAAUUCCUACAAGAUAG